AGACAUUUAAAAACAAAACAAAAUUAAAUACGAAGGAAAGAAAGAAGAAAGAAAGAAAGAACGAAAGAACGAAAGAGAAGAGCGAAGGCAAGAAAGGAAAUUGUCUGGAACUUUCUUCCAGACCCAAAAGGAAUCUCCAAAACAACUCACAACCGCCCUUCUCCCUCUUGUCGCUUCUUCUCAUUUUCUUCCUUUAUAAUUCUCUACCAGAUUCCUUCUUUCUUUCUUCCUUCAUACCUAUAUCGCUUCUUCAAUUUCUAUAUUCACUUUCCUCCCUCCAUUCAAUCAUCGCAACACAGAUUUUGUUAUUUUAGGUAUUGUUGUUUUAAUUAUCAAUCCAUGGCUGAAGAACAUAGAUGCCAAGCGCCCAAGCUUUGUGCGAACAAUUGCGGGUUCUUUGGCAGUCCCGCCACAAGAGAUUUCUGUUCUAAAUGUUACCGAGAUCUGCAGUUGAAGGAACAACAAUCCUCCACCGCUAAACUAGCCUUAAACCAAACCCUGGCGGCGUCGUUGUUGUUAAAUCCGGAACCGGAAGCGAAGGAACAACGCGUGGAGGAGGAAGAGGAGGUGAGGACGGAAGUGGUUCGGACGGCAGCGGCGGAGGAAAGACAACAACAGCAGCCGAGCCGAUGUAUGACGUGCAGGCGGCGCGUGGGGUUGACGGGGUUCAAGUGCCGGUGUGGGAUGGUGUAUUGUGGGAGUCACCGGUACCCGGAACAACACGGGUGUGAAUUUGACUUCAAGCAGAUGGGAAAGGAGCAGAUCGCGAAGGCGAAUCCGGUGGUGAAGGGGGAGAAACUGCAGAAGAUUUGAGGGAAGGAAAUUAAAGGGGGUAAAAUUGUCUUAUUUUUCUUCAUCUUGGUUUGGUAUAUGUCUCUUUCGUGUGGUAAGGGCCAGCGCGUGGCGCGGGACCUGGUGGAGCAUUUCGAAAAAUAUUGGUGGGUUGGUUGUAUAAAAUUAAUAUUCAAAUAAUAUGAGUCUUCUAUACAUUUCAAAUUUCUAUUGCUA